CACAAGCUUCUUCCUCCCGCAGACGAGACCGCCCUUCACUUCGCUGCCAGGAACGGACACCUUUCUGUCGUCCAAUUCCUGGCGGAGAAGGGCGGCGACCUCAACGCCAGAAACCGCUUUGACAGGACCGCCCUUCACUUCGCUGCCAGGAACGGACACCUUUCUGUCGUCCAAUUCCUGGCGGAGAACGGCGGCGACCUCAACGCCAGAGACUGCCUUGACAGGACCGCCCUUCACUUCGCUGCCAUGAACGGACACCUUUCUGUCGUCCAAUUCCUGGCGGAGAAGGGCGGCGACCUCAACGCCAGAGACUGUAAUGACGAGACCGCCCUUCACUUCGCUGCCAGGAACGGACACCUUUCUGUCGUCCAAUUCCUGGCGGAGAACGGCGGCGACCUCAACGCCAGAACCGAUUCGGACAGGACCGCCCUUCACUUCGCUGCCGAGAACGGACACCUUUCUGUCGUCCAAUUCCUGGCGGAGAACGGCGGCGACCUCAACGCCAGAGACUGUUGGUAAGUCGACAGG